GUUUUAUACUCACUCUGUGGGGGAAGCACAGGCGUGUAGGGAGGAGCUUUUCUGCUGAUGCUCUUGCUUAAUAAUUUAUGUGAAUAUGUAUGUGGACCGACCAUAAGAAGGUUAUGAGGCUGUUUUUCUUGACAGAGGAAUACACAGUAACAUACAUCUGACAGAUGUAGUCAGUCAUUGCAUAAAGUUAAAGAGAGCUCCGACUCCUCUGCUCCUGACUCUACAUUAAAUUAUUCAUGCCUCUGAAAUGUGCAGCGUGCAUUUCCCCCGCUUGAGAUGCAGUAAAGCAGAACGUAUGCCAUUGCCCCUUUGUUAUAUCCAUUACGGUACUCCACAGCUAAUGCAGUAGAGCCAUGAAGGUGGGAGGGGAGGGGGGGGGGAUGCUUGAUAGAUGCUGAGAUGAAGAGGAGGAAGAGCACAAUGGAAGCACAGACUGUUGCAAAUCCUCCAGCCUGAUUUCCCCCCGGCAGAGAAGUUAUGAUGAAAAAGAGCCGGGAGCUGCGCAGGGGAGACAGAGAAGUCCUCCUGGAUGCGGUCGCCGGGGGUGAUGCAGAUGCCACAGACGGCUACGGCAGUCUGCAGAACGGGGUCUUUCUCCCACCACGAUGUUUCUCAGCCGCAGCUUUGGAGGACGACGUCCACCACGAAGAUCCGAUUCACAUGAGCUGUUUUACAAGAGACAACCAAGCGGCCUCCAAGAUGGGGAACUACUUUAGAGAUGGAAGAACAAAAAUUGAUUUUGUGCUGGUGUGGGAGGUCCGAUCGCGCAGCAAGCAGCGAGGGAAGGGGAAAAGCAACCGGAGCUGUGAGGAGGCACAGCUGGCAGAGUGGAGGGACAAGUUUGUCCAGAAUCUGCAGGGCGCCGGGCUGCUGUUGGAAAAGGAGGAAACCGCGAAUGAAAAGAAAACCAUCCACUUCCUUAAAGUCAGCGUUCCCUGGGAUGUGCUGGUUUACUACGCUGAGGAACUUUGCCUCCGAGCUCCACUGCAGGCCCAGCAGCAUCUGGACCUAAACACAUCUUCUGUGGUUCUAAAAAGACUCUGCGUACCCAACAUAAUGGCGGAACCGGUGCCAAACAGGCCUCUGGACUAUUACACCUGCGCCUUCCGCAAGUCAAAGAUGAACAGGUUCCUCGGCUCCGAAGACCGAGACACCUACUUCACUAACACCCAGAGGCACCAGGUUGUUUAUGAGAUUCUAGCUCGGACGGUGUACGGCAAAAGGAAGAGGACGGAGGUUGGCGUGGACCGACUGGUGAACGAAGGGGCCUACGCAGCAGCUUAUCCUCUGCACGAGGGUCCCUUCAAGCUUCCGAGCCACGAGAUCCGCCGUGACGAGCUCAACCAGAGGCAGGUUCUGCACUACUACUGGGCUCGCUGGUGCAAAUGGUACAAGUAUCAACCACUAGAUCACAUCAGGGAGUACUUUGGAGAGAAGAUCGCCCUCUACUUCGCUUGGCUAGGUUUCUACACAGCCUGGCUGCUGCCGGCUGCCAUUGUGGGAACGCUGGUUUUUGUGUCAGGAGUCAUGUCCAUGGACAGCAACACACCAGCGGAGGACAUCUGCAGCAGCGGUGCAAAGUAUCCCAUGUGCCCGCUCUGCAAAACGUGUGAGGCCUGGAACAUGUCUGACAUCUGCACCAUGGCUAAGCUGGGGUACCUGUUUGACCACCCGGGCACGGUGUUCUUCAGCGUUUUCAUGUCCUUCUGGGCCGUGACCUUCCUGGAGUUCUGGAAGCGGAAGAUGGCCACUCUGGCUCAUCACUGGGACAGCAUGGAUUUCCACGAGGAGGAGGAGCGUCCUCGGCCGGAGUUUGCCGCCAUGGCCCCGACUGUGGAGGAGAAUCCAGUGACGGGUGUCAAAGAGCCGUACUUUCCAGAGAAGACGAGGCUGUCUCGCAUGUUCACUGGCUCCAUGGUCAUCAUUCUGAUGCUUUGUGUGGUGAUCAUCUUCCUGGUGACAGUGGUCAUGUGUCGGGGGGUCAUCAGCGUGAUGAUGUACCAAAGCGGGAGCCCUGUGCUGCGUACAGAGGCCGGGACUAUAGCAAAUAUCUGCAGCAGCAUCGUGAACCUGGGCUUCAUCCUGUUCAUGGGUCAGAUUUAUACCGCCUUGGCUGAGCAGCUCACUAAAUGGGAGAUGCACAGAACACAAACCCAGCACGACAACGCUUUCACCCUCAAAGUGUUCAUCUUCCAGUUUGUCAACUUCUACUCGUCUCCCUUCUACGUGGCUUUCUUUAAGGGAAGGUUUGUGGGCUACCCUACGAACUACGGAACCUUGUUCGGGAUGAGAAACGAAGAUUGUGGUCCCGGCGGUUGCCUCAUUGAGCUGGCUGAACAACUCUUCAUCAUAAUGGUGGGGAAGCAGCUCAUCAACAACAUUCAGGAGUUCAUUAUACCUAAAGUAAAAGCCUGGCGGCAGAAGAGAACCUUGGCCACCGUGUUGGGAGAUAACGACACAGACGAGCCUCGGCGCUGGGAGGAAGACUACAAGUUGGUACCAUGUGGGGGCCUGUUUGAGGAAUAUCUGGAAAUGGUCCUCCAGUUUGGGUUCAUAACAAUUUUCGUGGCAGCGUUCCCCCUCGCGCCGCUCUUCGCCCUCCUGAACAACUGGGUGGAGAUCCGUCUGGACGCCCACAAGUUUGUGUGCGAGUACCGCCGACCGGUGGCCGAGCGGGCCCAAAACAUCGGAGUCUGGUUCAACAUAUUAGAGGCCUUGUCCCAUCUGUCCGUAAUUGCCAAUGCUUUUCUAAUCGCCUUCACAUCAGAUUUUCUACCACGCUUGCUCUACCAGUACAAGUUCAGUAAUGAUCUCAACGGAUAUGUUAACUUCACCUUGGCCUAUGCACCCCUCAACUACACUGACUACCCCAGGUGCAGAUACAAGGCAUUCAGAGACAACGAUGGAUCGUACACACUCUUCUACUGGGAGCUCCUUGCUGUCCGACUUGGUUUCAUAAUUGCCUUUGAGCAUGUUGUGUUUUUUGUUCUGCGAGCCAUUGACUGGAUCGUACCGGACGUCCCGGAGUCUUUGGAGCUGAAGAUCAAGAGGGAGCGAUACCUGGCCAAGCAAGCGCUGGCUGAAAACCAGGAGGCGUUGUUGCAAGCGACGCGUCCCUUGGAAUCAUGAAUCAGGACCGAAAAGGAAUGCUGGGCGGAAAUUUUCGAGGAAGACGCUCCUUUGCAUCUGGGGGAAUCCUUUUCUUUCAUCAUUUGAAAGUCAAAAGCUAGCUGCAGAAGAGACUGACGUUUAUUUCCUUCAUGCUGCUGCACGCAUACUGAAACAAAGACACAUCAGCUUACCGCCUUUUUCACCAGGAGCAUUUUGCCUUCACUCGGUUGAUAUGUGAGCUAUAUUUUAUGCUGACCUUUUCCUUUUGGAGCAAGGCAUUUAUUUGUCAAGCAUGAGGAAUAUUAAAGCUCUGUCUGAAGAUUAGCCCUUUUAUGACUACCAGCAGCCUGCAGCAUGUGUUGUCAGCGCAGAAGUGUACAGUGCCUUGCAAAAGUAUUUACCGUUUUCACAUUUUGUCACAUUACAACCCCAAACUUCAAUGUGCUUUAUAGGGAUUUUGUGUGUCAGAAAAACACAUAGCAGUGUUUAACUUUAAAAAUUGUAUAUAGUAUAUUUCUGGCAUUUUUCUUACGAAUAAAAACCCAAACAGCGUGGCCUGCACUUUUUUUUUCAGCCCCCUUUACUCUCACGCCACUAAAAAACAAAAUAAAGCUUUUAGAUCUACAUGGAUGAAGGCCAAAAAGUUGUUAAAGGCGAUCUAUUAUGCUUCCUUUAAAGCAUUGAGGAUAGGUUCAGGGGCUACACAAAACUUCUUCAUUACAUUUUUUGCACAAAAUCAUUCCCAGAUAAUGCGAUAAUGAGAUUUCACCUCCCCAGUUUCACCUAUUUUGAGCUCCUUUCACAGUGAGCUGUUUUAGGGCUGUCAAUUUUAUGCAAAUAAGCUGUGAACUGGCUGCGCUCCCCAACUCAGUGUGUACUCUCCCACUACAUACACGUGAAAGUGGCUGCAAACAGAUGCACAAUAGGGUACAACGGCACAUCUUUGACCCUCAGUCAGACCCAGAAACUGAAGAAGUGGAGCUUCUGAGUGGUAAGCAUCCUUUUCCUGCAGGGUUUCCUCAGAGAGAGUCCAAGGGCUACUUUGAAAGCCACGUUUCCCCAUGGGAUGCCUCCGUGAUUUUCAAUGCAAAUCAGCUUUUUGCUAAUGGCUAGUUGUGUGUAGACCCUCCUGUUGUUAUAUCUUCCCAACUGUCUGUGUUUUUAUAAAGUGUCCAUUUGUGUGAGAUAGUUCUAGGAGGCAUUUUGGUUGUUUUAGGACUGAGAAGACAAUAAGAUGCUAACAUCCCUAUGGGACUUUGAAUGCAAAUUAGCAUCAUGCUGACCGUUUGUUGUUUGGGUCUUUUCAGCUGUAGUUAGGUGUAAGGCAAUUGUAGGCACAUUUUUUUGACAUGUAUUAGUGCCAACGUUAAGUUGUGUAUGUGAUUCAAUCCAAUAAUAAUUAUAACAACAAUGUAAGAUGUGUUAAAUUCUUUCAUUACAGUUUUACUUUGCAUGGAUUGCUAGGUGAGGGGCCAGGCUCGGCUGGGGAUGCUAGGCAGUGUUGCCAGGUCUGCUUCUUAUCAGCGACUUUGGGCUUGUUUUUUUUUUUUU